GGGGGCGCGGUGGCAGCGCCGAAGAAGAUUCUAGCAACGGGUUGACGGCCUUUCGGGGGGUGCGGGUGGGCAGUCCCUGGGUUUGGGGGGGGCGUGGGGAUUGAGCGGGCUUCUGUCGUCAGCGGGGGAUGCGCUGACGUCUCGAGGCGACCAUGGCUGCGGCGGAGGAGCUGGUGUUCCGCGAGUUCCAAGAAGCCACGAUUCUCCUGGCCCAGACCCCGGAGGAGGUGGCCAGAGGCCAUACCACCGCCCUGUCCCCCGAGGGGCACGUAGCUGUGACCAUGGACUCAGGCGGUGGCAGCUACGGGGUGGAGGAGGAGGAGGAGGACAAGGUGGCGCUCCUGCAGGAAGAGAAGCCUGAAGCCGGAUUCUGGACCUUUGACUUCUACCAAAGCUUCUUCGAUGUGGACACCUCACAGGUGCUGGACCGCAUCAGGGGCUCCCUGAUGCCCUGGCCGGGCCACAACUUUGUGCGUCACCGACUGCGGAAUCGGCCCGACCUGUAUGGCCCCGUCUGGAUCUGCGCCACCCUGGCCUUCGUCCUGGCCGUCAGCGGCAACCUGACCCUCGUGCUGGCCCAGCGCCGGGACCCCAGCAUCCACUACAGCCCCCAGUUCCACAAAGUGACCGUGGCCAGCGUGACCAUCUACUGCUACGCCUGGCUGGUGCCCCUGGGGCUGUGGGGCGUCCUGCGCUGGCGCCAGGGCGUGCGGGAGCGCGUGGCGGGCUACACCUUCCUGGAGACCGUCUGCCUCUACAGCUACUCGCUCUCGGCCUUCGUGCCCACGGUGGUGCUGUGGCUCAUCCCGGUGCCCUGGCUGCAGUGGCUGUUCGGGGCGCUGGCGCUGGCGCUGUCCACCGCGGGCCUGGUAUUCACGCUGUGGCCUGUGGUGCGGGAGGACACGCGCCUGGCAGCCGCGCUGCUGCUGGCCUCUGUCAUCCUCCUGCAUACGCUGCUGGCCCUGGGCUUUAAGUAUUACUUCUUCAUGCCAAUGCCUCCCGAGCACAAGGCGGAGCCAGCCACCGUCCUGUCCGGGACCUCCGCGGUUCAACUGCCCACCGUCCUGCCGACACCCCACAGCGUCUAGGAGGUCGUGGCCCCGCAGGCCUGCCUCUGCCGAUCCACCUACCUACCCUCGUCGUGGUGAACCCCUAGUCCUCGUGAUCGUGCCUCUCCGACGCUUCUUACAAAGCAAACACUUUUAUUUUCUAUGCAAAGGUGAUUCCGAGACUUUGUAUAAAGGCUGGACUGAAAGGGGGGGACUAAGGCAGCGGAGCUCUGGGCCACACACCUGGCAGGUGGAGGAGCGGGGAGUCCGCCCUAGCGCCCGAGCUCCACCACCUCUGGAUUCGGGAGUUAAAAACAGGGGGCAGGUAGGGGAGAGCAGAAGAAAAUUGCCUGUGCUGAAACGUACAUUUCCUUGUUUAUGGGGAUGGGGACUGGGGUGUCCGCCAGGCCCCUUCCGGCGGGGGUGCAGAGGAGGGGAAGGGGGGCGCCUUCCAGGCCGCGUCUUUGAGGUUUGGGCCGGCCCUGGUCUAGCUCACGGGGACCUGCGGGGCUCAGAGGCAGGCCGGGCACUUCCCGACAGCUGGGCGGUUGUACAUUCAAGUGUGAGGUGAACCCUUUGGUGGGCGGGGGCCCGGGGGGCUCCAGAGGCCCCACCCCCGGCUCAGCAGGGCACCACCCCCGUUCCCCGCAGAGCCUCUGGUGGGGGCGGUGGGGAGACACUGCUGGCUUGGCUCGGCUCGGCCCGGCCGGCCGGGUUUUCUCUGAGGGUCUGUGGAUUGACACUGGUUCUUUGUCGUAAAAAAAUAAAAUUAAAAAAAGCA